AGAAGGCCGGGCGAGGCGCUGCAAGGGCCGGGGAGCUCAUGGCCAUGCUCAUGGCUCGGGGUCGGAGGAGGAGGAAGAGGAGGAGGAGCGGGUGACCCUCCUCCCGCCAUGGGCCCCGUCCCCUCGGCGCUGAAGCACUGCCUCAGCUCCCAGCAUCUCCUCCUCCUCAAGGAGCAGCUCCUGGGGACCAGCGAGGAGGAGCAGCAGGAGGAGACCCAGCCCAACGCCACCCCCAGGCCCCGGACCCAGGAAUUUCUCACAAGUGGAUUUCCCGAAUUUGUUAAAAUUGUAGAAGUUGGUCCAAGAGAUGGAUUGCAGAAUGAAAAGGCAAUAGUCCCUACAGAUGUCAAAAUUGAAUUAAUUAACCAACUUUCCAGAACAGGCUUGCCUGUCAUAGAGGUGACUAGUUUUGUAUCUUCAAAAUGGGUACCACAGAUGGCAGAUCACACAGAAGUCAUGAGAGGAAUACAACGCUAUCCAGGAGUCCGAUACCCAGUACUUACACCUAAUCUUCAUGGGUUCCAUUCUGCUAUUGCUGCAGGGGCUACUGAAGUAUCAGUCUUUGGUGCAGCUUCUGAGUCCUUCAGCAAAAUGAAUAUUAAUUGCUCCAUAGAAGAAAGCAUGGAAAGAUUUGAAGAUGUUGUCAAAUCUGCAAGAAAGAUGGACAUUCCAGUGCGAGGGUAUGUUUCUUGUGCAUUGGGAUGCCCUUAUGAAGGAAGUAUUGCACCAGCUAAAGUUGCACAGAUCUCAAAAAGACUGUAUGAGAUGGGAUGUUACGAGGUAUCUCUGGGAGACACCAUUGGUGUGGGAACACCAGGAAGUAUGAGAAGAAUGCUGGAAUCUGUUCUGAAGGAAAUCCCAGUGACUGCUGUGGCAGUCCAUUGUCACGACACGUAUGGCCAAGCUUUAGCCAAUAUCCUUACAGCUAUGCAGAUGGGAGUCCAUGUUGUGGAUUCUGCAGUUGCUGGUUUAGGAGGUUGCCCCUAUGCAAAAGGUGCCACGGGAAAUGUAGCCACAGAAGAUGUGAUAUACAUGCUUAAUGGAUUAGGAAUCAAUACGGGUGUGAAUCUUUACAAGGUUAUGGAAGCUGGGGACUUCAUCUGCACAGCCUUGAAUAAGAAUACAAAUUCUAAAGUUGCACAAGCUUCCUUCAGUGGUUGAGCUGCCAAAGAAGUAGUGCUGUUUCUAAAAGUUACAUAUGUGGCCAUCAGUGUGCUCUGUCUAUUUAUAGAUGCAUGUGGCAAACCUAUUGCAAAAAUCAUUUCAGCAGAAAUAGAAAAUGAUUUGUAGAGAAUAUCUGGCAUCUCAAUAGCAGCAAUAUGUAAUAAAAUCAGAAUGGGAUCUUCAGGCCUGGUUGCCAAAUGAAACCAUCUUCCUUUUUUCUCUUAGCUCUUGGAGAUUGCCCUUCUGCAAAGUGCCAUGGCUUCAUUGGGCCUCAUCUAGCAUAGUUUUAUGAGCAAAUAAGAAUAUAUGCAAGCUUGCUUGUAGAUGUGAAAAAGAAAAAAAUAUGUUUGGGCCUGAGACACUGGCCAUUCCUGUGUGUUCAAAUGAGCACAACUCAAGGCAAAAGUUUACCACAGAAGUGCAUAUGCAUCAAGUGAAGUAGUCUCUAGCCUGAAAAUCUAACUAGUAAUACAUUUCUUUAGUCUUUUACAAUGCCCCAGGUCUUUAUUGGCCUUGUUUUUAUUUCCCUACUGUUUUGGAAACAUGUAUGUGUAUGCUUUCUGGUGUGAUAAGUUAUUUAGGAAACCUCUAUCCUGAGCAAGACAGAUUAUGUACACUGAGAUCAAAUUUCAAAUAGAUAACUAAUGUAAUGUGUUCCUGCUGAAGAUUUACAAAAUCUAUCCUGAGAUAUAAUAAAUAUGUGAGGAUUGUAUUUCAGGAGAAAUAUUCACCAUGCUAAAAGUAGCAUGAGAAAAGGAACAGCACAGUGAGUUUGAUAUGGUGGAAAUAUGUUAAACUUUUAAGGUUCAUUGAAGAUGUAUAUACAAUAUACAUCUAAAGCAGAAUGCCAGCCCACCAACCAUGUACAGUGAUUAGUUACCAGUCAUUUUAAAUCACUUUGGACACAUUUAAAACAUGAACUUCAUUUUAGUUCCUUGAUUUGUUCAAAACCAGGGGGUUGGUGGCUUGUGUUGAUCACAUAUUGUGAAUGUCCAGUUUAAAUGGCCUCAUCCCCAUGUCAUUAACUGUUAUUUUACAUCACUUUGGACACAACUGGCUGCCAUGUUCUAAAGAUAGAAAAUGUAUUCCUACUUCUUAAUCAAGCUGGCUUUUAAUGUCCUAUAAAUAUUUGCAGCAGUCCAUGAGGUCCAUCAUUGUGUGUGGCCUUGCUGUUAUACAUUUUAUUACUCCAGAUUACCUUUUUUCAUUUGCCAAGUCAAUUAUGCUGUAAACAGGGAGCCAAACCCAGAUUUACUAUGAGCAGUAUAUUUGUAAUAUUUUACUAUGGUUGACAUCUGUUAAGAAUAUGAAUGACUUUAUCUUGGUCCAAAAAUGUGUAGGAAAUGGCAGUUUGCCAUGUUUUACAAACUGAUGCUGCCCCUUUGUAGUUGUUACAUACAUUAAAUUCACUGCAGUCUGCUUUUAUUCCAUCUACUAAAAAAACAAAAAAUAAUAAUAUUAACAAUGGGGAAAAUAUCAUUUUGAGUUGCUGCUGCUGUAAGAUUUUCAUUUGUUUCCAGUAGGGGAUUUUAGAUCUGUGCUAAAAGCAUAUUGAAAGCAAGGAUGAUGCACAAUAGCAUUAUUUUGAUGAAUUACUCUCUUACACAGUUCUGGUCAAAUUAAACAUGGUAUUAUUCAUGUGGCUAAUAACUGUGUGAGUGAUGUGGGGUUUUGAAAAAAAGAAAAUAGCAACCAAGCAGCCAUGAUCUGUAUAUCAAACAAUAAAAUCUUUCUACAGUACACAGUUAUAGCACUUUGGUGCUACUGUAGUUUGUGGGCGUACUUAGAUUUCUCUGCAGGGGAGUUCCUGUGUUGUAGCUCAGGGGAGUGGACUAAAGCUCUCUAGCAAGAAGUCUGCAUCAACAAACUACAUGCCCAAGGAUUCCAUAUGAUACAACUAUGAUAAUUAAAGUGGUGUCAAAUGGUUAUAAUUAUGUAGUACAGAUACAUUCAGUGUGUGAAAGUGGAGUUUUAAUGUAUCAUCUUCACUGUGGUCCCCAUUUUGGCCCAAAGAGAAGGAACAAAUGGAUAGACAUUGCAAAGAAAAGUUCCUAAGAUCUGUUUGGCAGAUCUUGAACAUCUUGCCCUGAGAGGUGGCAGAUUUUCCUUUGCUGGAAGUAUUUAAGCAUCAGCCGCCAGCAUGUGGCUACAUCCUGCAUUGUAGAAUCUGCAUUGAGCAGGAGUUAGAUUAAACUAGGAUCAGAUUUACUAUAUAAUCUCCAAAGUUCCCCUCCCCUUUUUGUAAAUUAGUUUAUCUCUUCCCCCGGCGGCCAUUUGACAUCCUUACCUAAAGACAAGAGAAACAUCCCUAGUAAAUCUGGGUUUGUUAAAUGAGCAAGGCUAUGAACUUCUAAUUCCAAAGUGUAUAAUCCACAGUGCAGUUUAACCUGUCAUAAAUGAAUCAUUGUAACUGUGGAUCAAGAAAGUGCCUCUUAACUAUUUGAAAUGGAAGAGCUCCCUAAUUUACAUAUUCCACAUUUGUUGAAUAUGAAAUUAUAAUGUGAGUGACCGAGUGCAAUCCAAUGAGCUCCACUGUUUUAAAAACUGUGGACUUCUUUACAGCCCAGUGCAAUCAACAAGGAUUUAUUGUUUUAACCCCUUUGAGCCUCAAAAGGUUAGUACUGUUGUGGUUCACAGCUCCACUAGGAACAUUUUCUCAGUUAAUUUACUUUCUCUGAAAUCAUGUACUUAGCACAGAGCUUAGAAAAGUUACUUUUUUGGACAAUAAUACCUAUUUCUUUAGACUAAGGGAUUGAGUGUCCUUUGGUUAUUUGCCAUUUGAUAGCUAACCUGGAUUUUUGGGGGGUCCAUUUAUCACCUUUGGCCACCUUAGCAUCCUGUGUGAUAGUGGUGAAAACCAAACAGGCAGAGUUAACAUCAACACUCCACUUAAGCAUUCUGAAGUCCUGGAACUGCAGGAUAUUUAUAUUGGGAAAUGAGCAGGCUCUUUGGUAAUUUUUUAGACUAUUUAUUGUAGGCAAUCAUAGAUAAACAAACAUAUGCAUUCCCCCUUAGAGAGAAACACAGACAUGUUGCAUUAUAUUACAUAACGCAGCUCCCACUGCGCCUCAUGGAACUUGAAUGUGAUGCAUGACUGCUCAGCCCAUGGAGCUGUCAUUAUCAUGGUGGCAACAUGUGAAAUAAGCUUCAAUCACCUAGUUCCUUAGUUUGUGGUCUCAGUCUAGAAUAUUUGUCAAUUUUCCCUUUAGCAGAGUUUUCACAAGCUUGGAACAAAUCCUCGUAUAUCUGUUACAUACAGAGCAUAGCAAACUACUUUUGAAAAAUACAGUGCGCCCACACCGCCGUGAGCACAAGCCCCAUUACUUGUAAUGGGGCUUGAGCAUAUGUGCUUUUUUUUAUGCUGGGGGGGUCCAGAACGGAUCCCCCGCGUAGAAAAAGGGAGCACUGUAAUUAAUUGAAAUUACUAUUCCAAAUAACUAGUCAGCUUUAUAAUUAGGUUUUAAAAGUAGCUUGUUGAUCCCUUAGUACAGUAUUCAGAAAUAACUAAAAUGAUUGGUUUACCUAUUUCUCCCCAUAAUCAUAAUUCUCUGCAUUUCAGGGCUGUGGUUCAGAACACACCAAAGUAGGAAGAACACACUCAGACUAGAACUUUAAAGGUAUCACAGACCGGUGAUAAAGGCUAGCAUCGGGGUGGAGUGGGGUGUGGCAUCCACGUGACGCACUCCCCAACUCUGCCCCCAUGCUGGCAUGAAGGUGCGUGCUCCACCACAUGGCAGGUAGUAUCAUGGCACUUCUCUGGCACUGCAUCCAAAUGACGCCCUUUCAGAAGCGCAGAAAGAAGCUGCUUUUUGUGGUUCCUUUUUGCGCUGCAGAAAGGCCAGAUUGGGCCCACAGCAUGUAGUUGGCGCGACCCUCAUCUGGUGCUGAAAACUACAAAAGGAGUGAGUGUAUCCCUUGAAACGUUACAAUCUUAAUGUGACUUAGCUAUGCCUUUUAAUUGUGAAAUGAAAUUAAUUAUGAGUAAAUUGCUAUCUGUAACUAGUUAUUUCCAAGCUCUGGUUGUACUUCCUCAACACAUUUUAGAAUUCAGAAUUAUCUGUAAUUUUAAUUUAUACAACUAUUUUAAUAAUAUUGUAAAUUCAAAUUUUAAUAAAAAGGUUAAGUUAUUUAUAUAUUUUUGUUAAUAUGAAAUAUUUCACUUAUGUAGGGUGUUUUUUUAAAAUCAUAAAAGAUUUUCAUUCUGUCUUUAUGCCCAGAUUUUUGUUCUGAGUAAGAAUAUAAAAUAAAAAAACCUUUAAGUUGUGGACUGUUAUAAAUAUCAUUGAUUAAAUAAAUCACCUGAAACAUUAUAGUAUAUUGUGGUUUCAUUUAAUGCAUCUGUUAUUUGCUUUUACUCGUUUAUAGUAUUAUCUCUCAGAGUAAGAAUUAAAAAGAACACUAGGAAAUAGACUGAUAUGUUACAAAAUGG